GCAAGCACGCACGCAGUUUGGCGGCUGGCGGCAAUGCAACGCGCCGCGCUCCUCCGCCCGCUCGUCGGGUCCCCUCUCCUCCCCGCGGCUCCCCUCGCCGCGCGGCGCCGCUGCCGCUUCUGUGGAGGCGUUCGCGUGAGGUCCGCAACCGGGGAGGGCGGGAGCGGGCCCGGAGGUGGAGGUGGGGGCGGAGUCGGCCAGGGCGACGGCGCCGCAGCUUCGUGGCUGAGCUCGGCGGUGGGGGAGAAGGUGGACGAGCUGCUGCGGCGCGAGGAGAACCGGGCCCUGCUCGAGGGCGUCGAGGACGCCGAGCGCCGCGUGGAGCGCGCCCGCGCCGCGCUCGCCGACAUCGAGCGCCAGGAGGCCGAAGCGCGCUUGGCCCGCGAGGAGGUCCGCCGCCUUGAGAAGCGGCGCGACGAGAUUGCAGAGUCCCAGCGGGAAUUGCUUCAAGCAAGAGAAAUGAUUGAUGAAGCUCAGCGUUCUUUGACUUCUAGUCUUGAGGAAGGAAGCUUUGGAGAUGUGCCAAAUGGUGAUAUUGAUGAAGAUAGUGAGAGACUAGAAUCUGUAAAAGCGGCUGCAGUUUCCUCUAUAGUUGGUGUUCUGGCUAGUCUGCCCAUAACUUUCUAUGAAGUUCAAGAUCUGCCACAACUAUUUCUUCAGUCAUCAGUUGUUUUCAUAAGUUGUGCUUUGUUUGGAGUCACAUUCCGGUACGCUGUUAGAAGAGAUCUGGAUAAUAUCCAACUAAAAACAGGGGCUCCUGCUGCGUUUGCUUUUGUUAGAGGUCUUGCUCUGCUGGAAUCUGGUAGAACCAUCGAGCUGAGUACCGAUGGCUUAAUAUCAGUUGCUCUUGAUGGUGCAGUUAGUGUGGUUGAGAACAUUUUCAUAUUUCUGCCUGCUGCUGUUGCACUGGACUAUUGUUUUAAGAUGAGAUUUUUGAGUCCUUUUCCUAGAAGAAAACAAUAGAUUCUGUGAAGAAUAUGUACAAUUGAUAACAAUAUUGAUUGCUCCGAUGAUCAUAUGUAAUACAAAUGACAUCUUAGAUUCAUCAAGUCCAUCAAAUAAUAUUGUUACUUAAUCUUCUUCCUAA